AUGACUUUCGGGAUGAAGUGCGGAGUCCACCUGCUGGUGGCUCUGGUCUGCCUGGCGGCGGCGCAAGAUACCCGAAACGUGAUUGGAGGAUCUUACUAUCGUAACCAUACCUUUCUUCUAUCUGGGAGUCCGUACAUCGCCACCCAUGAGAUCAUUGUGGGAGAAGAUGCGACGCUCACUAUAGAGGCUGGUGUUGAAAUCCUGUUCGACGAGGGAGUCGGCAUGACCGUCGUCGGACAACUUCGUGCCAUCGGAUCCGCCGACAAACGCAUCGUUUUAAAUCGGAAGGAAAACCCACCAGACGACCCGGCCCACAACAUCACCCGGGACCCAAACGUGCGACUGGUGGGACCGACUGUGAACCAGGGGCGUUUAGAGAUCCGCCAUGACGGACUGUGGGGAUCUGUGUGUCAUGCUACAAGUUGGAGGGUCUCUGAAGCGCAGGUAGCUUGCCGACACCUGGGAUUUGCCACAGGAAGAGAGGACAGUCAGUACAGGCAAGGCAAGGGUAGGAUGGCCAUGAGCGAUCUCUCGUGUUUCGGGAACGAGCAGAAUUUAUACGAGUGCAACUAUAGACAAAUGGGAACAGCUCCGAACUGUGAUUUAGGCGGGAGUCGGCGAGACCUUGGGGUGGUAUGCGAGGGGAUCCGGCGGGUCAACUCCGUAUCUUGGAACGGCAUUCGGCUGGUGCCAUCAUCCGCUGGGAAGGUCUCCAUACUGGAACAUGUCGACGUUCUCCACGCGGGACAGGACGACGGGACAGGAACUACAGCAGCGGCCAUCAACAUCGAAACAUACCCACCCGUACUGAGAGAUGUCAACGUCAAGUACAGCGCAGGUGCAGGGGUCAAGAUUCAAGGGGCAACUACAGAGGUCAACAUGGCGGACUGUAGCUUGGAGGAAAACCAGGGGCCAGGCAUCAUCAUAGAAGACCAAGCAGCAAAUAUCAACGUACAAAACACUAAGUUCUCUAAGAACUUUCCGUACGGAGCUCAAGUCAUCCGCGGCAGUUCUGGGCACGCAAUCACCUUCACGGACUCCGCAUUCACUGAGAACUUUGGGGUAGGGUUUCUCUUAGAUACAGUAAGAAGUGAGGUUACAGUUGUAAACAGCAACUUCAGUUCCAACACUCACUAUGGCUUGAACUCUAUCAACAGUCAAGCACCAACUCUGCUGAUUCAGAGUUCUACUCUGAACUCAAACGGACUGGACGGUGUGUUCAUACAGGAAGAGGCCUCCACAAUGCCUCUCAGCGAGAAGAGCAUCUCCAUUGACCAGUCUAGUCUCUCUUUAAACCUUCGUCGGGGAGUGUCCAUCUCCAUUGUCUACCCAUCUAACUACAACAGCCGCGACCACCGAACCUUCUUGAAUGUCACACAAAGUGAAGCAAGUGCAAACCUUGAAGGGGCCAUAGACAUAAGUGUUGAAGGGUCAACGUCGACUUGUUAUCCAAGAGUUCUUCUUGAUAACACUGCUUUUGGAAGAAAUGGCGGCAAUGUUGUCAGAGUUUCAGGAAGUUGGUCUGACAUCACAUUGAGAAACAACGUUUUCCAAGAGAACACAUGUGGGUCAAAGAAAGUUCUACUUUUCACCGGCACUGAAAAGAAUAUCAAAUGUACUUCCAACACAUUUCAGCAAAAUUCUUGCAAGCGUUUGGGUCUAUUCAACGUUACGCUUACGGACAGGGCUGAUAGCGACGAGAUCCAAGAAAUGUUUACCGAAAAUAUCUUCACCGACAAUGACUACGUCCCGCCGUUCCUGUACCUAUCCGACCCGCUUCGUGACUACUGCACGUUGGAGUUCUCAGGAGAAUGGAGGCCCAUCAGCAUCACUCACAAUUCCUUCCAACAGGACGCUUCCCGGUUUGAACUGUGCAGCACUGUUCGAACAUAUUCAUGGGACGGACCCACCAUAGAAGCCACUCACAACUGGUGGGGUACUAACGACGAGAACGUCAUACGAGAGAAGAUAUUUGACUACAGCGACUGGAACAGCGGAGCACAAGUCACGUACUCGCCGUUCCUGGACUCUGCAAACGGAAAUCCCGUCAGCGCCAUAUUGGAUCCUUCUCCCACACCUCAAGCCUUCGGUGGUCUAUUGGUAAACGAUCUUCACAUCCCAAAAGGAAGCAACCCCGUGCUGAUGAAGAGUGACCUAACCAUUCUUCCCGGUGCCACUCUCACACUUGACCCUGGAGUGGAAGUGAAGGCAGCACCGGGGGCUGGUAUUCUCAACUAUGGACACAUCAACAUGGUCGGCUCAACAAGAAGGUAG